UUGCAGGAUGAUGGUUGCCGGACUGCUUCAGAGCCUUCACCGAAAAUUGAUGACGGAUGUAGAACUGCAUCCGAGCCUACACCAAAAGCGUGUUUGCGGCAAAAACCGUGUACAACGGCCCGUGAACUUCCAUCAGAAGCAACAGAGCUUGUUAGUGCACAGAAGCCACAAGAUUAUGCCCCGUCAAGAACAUCGUCUGAAAAAACCACUGAGAUCAUGAUUAAACGUACAAUGGAAAGGACUGUGACGGAAGAAGAUCUUCACACGGCUGAGCCAGUUAGAACACCAGCUGGUUUGGAAGAUGCCGGAUGUAAAACUGCCUCUUUGCCGGAACCCGUGGAAGCAAAACAACUGCACCAACCGGAAGUGGAGAAGCACACGGAGCGCGAAAGACAAACAGCAACAGUGGAUGACGAGUGUAGGACUGCUUCCGAGCUCAUGCCGGCUCAGGAUGAUGGAUGCAGAACCGCUUCUGAGCCGACACCAAGGGCGGUAAGGAGCAUGAUGAACCAUAACAUUUUCUUGCGUACAUAG